GCUAUGGAUUAAGGCAAUGGAUUUAUACUAAAAAGAGAAGCUUCUAAACGGAUCAUUUUUGUAUGUUUGUGUAGGGAACAUUAAAAUUACCUCUCUUAAUCUUUUGUCUGUUACAUUACAGUAUAUGACAUAAUCAUGUUUUCAAAUCAAAUGACUCAUCCAAAUGCCCAUAAAAUAAAGUAAACAAAUUAUACUCAUUGCGUAGCACACAGCAGCUUAUAUGAUCUUUCUUUCACUUCGUGAUGUUGGGACAAGUUUGUGUCCUUUGAGUAGUGUCACUUGACAACGGAACAUUUUGACCGAACCAUUACUAAGACCUUGAGCUUUGAAAUUGCAAAGGACACGUCGCCUUAUAAUAGCAAAUUAGAAUCUGACAAGAAAAAAUAUCUUAUGCUCGACCUUUACAUGUGACCUUAAAUUUUCAACUAGGGUUCGAUUCUUAUACUUGACAAAUCGUCUUUGCAGAAUGUUUGUGCCUUGUUAUCUGAAAAUCUUUCUAUGCAUAUAGACAGGACAAGAAAAAAAUGCAUCAAGUCGUUGACCUCUAACUGUAACACUGGCAUCGGAGCUUUGGGGAAAAUCUUUCAUUUAGCAUUGUUUUAAUGGCGAAUGAUUGUGCCAAAUAAUUUAAAUGUCCUUUAAUGCACCAAAAAGCUGCAGAUGGAGCAAGAAAUAUUUAGCAAUUCAUUGACCUCUAGGUGUGACCUUGACCGUUGGGCUACGGAUCUAUAUAUUGUCUCAGAAUGGUGAAUUUCUGUACAAUGUAAUUUGAACAGCGAUACAUACUUGCAAAGUGAUAGAUUGAGCUACAGAAAUGACAGAAAAUCUUUGACUUGUAAGUGUGACCUUGCCCUUUGUGCUAGGAAUCUAAACGUCGGCUUGAUGGUUUUUGUGCCUAGUUAGUUCAGAAUCUGACAAUGUAUGGCAAAGAAAUAGACCGAUAAGAUUUCUAAAUAUUUUCUUCGUUUGGUGUUCUCGUGUCUUUGUCCCGAAAACACGGAAUGGCAGAACUCAUCCACCAUAGCAAGCCGUACAGAUAAGGCUAUUUGUAUUGUAUUUGUUUACGAGUGCGGUGAAUACGUCCAAUCGUAUACAACUGUUUAGCAUAUAUCUACCUGUACUUGCAUUUUAUAUUAAAUAUAUUUAUGAAAAUAUCUCAGGUAUAUCAUUAAACGCGUUUUGUUUGCUAAAUAUAGCUUAAAAUAAUAUUUGAUAUUGGAUGGAGCUAGGUAUUGUCAUAGAUAAAUGAUGGAAAUCAGUGAAGCCAAAGAGAACAAAGGCAAUUCGGAAUUGAGUGUGAAAACACGAUAUGUCCUAUAUGGAGUAGAAGAUGUGCCAUCACUGCCUUUGUGCAUUCUGUUUGCCCUACAGCAAGCCAUCAUGUGUAUUGGAGGAACACUGUCCAUACCGUUUAUACUGUCAGGACUUAUAUGUGCUAAGGACAGUGAGGUGACAUCGACCUUGCUAAGUAUAACAAUGUUCAUGUGUGGAAUCGCGACGAUUCUUCAGACACUAUUUGGAAUACGACUUGGAAUUGUACAAGGAGGAUCUCACGUCUUCAUUGCCCCUAUUGUAGCGAUGAUGACACUAGAUAAAUGGCGGUGUCCGGAAACUGACGACAGGUCACUAAAUGGGACAGCUCAGGUAAUGGACAUUGACGAAAUAUGGCAAAGCAGAAUGAGAGAGAUUCAGGGAAAUCUGAUUGUUGCUUCUAUUACACAACUGGUGCUGGGCUGUACUGGGAUGCUGGGUGUCUUGAUCCAGUUCAUCGGUCCCCUGACUAUCGCGCCAACCAUUUCAUUGAUAGGACUAUCACUAACCGAUGUCGCUAUUCAAUUUAAUGAGUUUCAAUGGGGCAUUGCAUUUUUGUCGAUGAGCCUUACAUUGAUAUUCUCUCUGUACCUUGGAGGAGUAAAACUGCCCUUUCCGGCGUGGACAAGAGAAAGAAAAUGUCAUGUAGUUAGAUAUCCAUUGUUUCAACUAUUUCCUGUGAUACUAGGUGUUUGUAUAAGCUGGUUGUUUUGCUACAUUCUUACCGUUACGGAUGUGUUCCCGAACAACUCUACAUUACCAAGUUACAUGGCUCGGACUGACUCAAGAUUGGACGUUAUAGAGAAAGCACCUUGGUUCUACUGGCCAUAUCCAUUUCAGUUUGGUGUACCAACAGUGAGUGCAGCUGGUUAUGUGGCUUUUCUGGCAGUCACUAUAUCCUCUAUUAUAGAAUCAGUCGGUGAUUACUACGCCGCAGCACGUAUAUCCGGUGCGCCACCACCGCCUCCACAUGCCAUUAAUCGAGGUAUAGCCAUGGAAGGUUUGUCCAGUAUUGUAUCUGGAAUGGUAGGCGCGGGACAUGGUACUACUUCCUACAGCCAAAAUAUCGGUGCUAUUGGCAUAACUAAGGUUGCAAGUAGAGCUGUUUUUCUCACAGCGGGACUAAUACUGGUGAUCUGUGGUGUGGUUGGAAAAUUUGGGGCAGUUCUGACGAUAAUUCCAGAUCCCGUUAUCGGAGGAACACUAACAUUGUUGUUUGGCAUGGUAUCAACACUUAAAUUUACAGACUUGGAUUCAACAAGAAAUCUGACAAUUUUAGGGACAUCCCUUAUACUUGGUUUGAUGAUUCCGAAAUAUAUCAACAAUCCUGCAAAUGCGUCAUUAAUAAAGACAGGAAAUGUUGAAUUAGACCAAGUCAGAAAAGUGUUACUUGGAACUGCUAUGUUUGUCGGUGGAUUUGUCGGUUUCUUUUUGGAUAAUACUGUCCCUGGCACAGAUGAAGAAAGGGGAAUAAUUGCAUGGCGUAAAAGUCUGUUGCUCACCUCGGAUGGUACAGAUCCCAAUGCUUCUGUAAAAAUGUAUGAGUACCCGUUUGUUACAAAAUAUCUCAGGCGUAUACACUGCUGUACAUACAUCCCUGUUUCACCAGCUUUCAAUAAGAAAAUUGAAGUAAAUUGUUGUUCUUGUUGUCAUAAUACGGAAAGUCAAAACGACAUGACACAAAGAGGAUAUGAUUAUCAAGCAACAUCCAAUGACGUGACUGACGUAAGUUCUAUCAGACUUUGAGGAGAACACGUGUAUUCUAAAAUAUUCUGUCUGAUCCAUAAGAUCACUUAUAUGUAGUAACUGUUCUCUGUCAUUUCUUUAUGGCGUUUCAGCGGGUUUGAAGAUGCCAACACACCAAAACAAUGAACUAGCGCACCAAUACGACAAAUACCAUAUUUGUUUACCGACGCGUUGAUUUGUUCUUUCAUGCGUGUUAGUGCAUUAGAAGGGUGCUAACAAGCCAGAUGAACAAAUAAGCGCGCCGAUAGGACAAAGAAGGUAAUUAUUGUAUUUACGCGGUAGGAUGUUAUAUAUGGUUGCAUAUUUACAAAAUGUUCGCAACAGUGCAUAUGAUUAUUAUUUUUACAUUAAAAAUAAAUUUUAUUAUUUUACAUUAGAAAUUAAUUGUUUGACAUUUUAAAUGAUUAAUGGUGACCAUCGGAAAUAUGUAUUAUGUAAGGUGUAAUUCUCGUUUAUUUCCUCUGAAUUCACAAUAUUAUAAGGACUGAAGUAUAUCAGCGAAGACAAUAAAAUAUUUCAUGAAAACUGUUGAAAAUCUUUAUUUAUCUACACCGAUCUCGAAUCACAAAGGGACAAAAUACAGGAAAGAACCAGUUUUUCAACCUAGCUCGUAAAUGAAUGUUAGAUAGGCCUCUCCUUAAUGUUUCGAGUAAAAGAAGGAGGCCCACGUUGUCAGAACGUUAUGGUACAUUUACACGGAAUGGUCUACCGCCAUAUCAUAACGCCAUUUACAUACGCGCAAAACUGAUGCUGUUGUUAUUUUUGGUCUAGAGCCGUUACCAACAUAUAGUCAUAUAACAGCGGACAGUAUUGACCUAAACAGUGUUCCUUGAUUCCGUACCAGUUUUAACCUGUUUUUCGCAAGUGGCUGCCAACUUCUCCGCAUAAAAAGACAAAGAAACAAGGGUUUGCGGCGAAAGAAUCCGUCAUGAUUAAGAUUGCUUUAGACAAUUAGAAAUGUAUCUAAGACCGAGUGUUACUUUCAGCAUGAGAAGCACAUAAUAAUUAUGAGUUUAUUGAUUUCAUAUAAAAUUAAAAUGGUAGUCAUUCAGUAUCCUAUCAGUGAGACAAAAGCGAAAACAAUAAAAAAAGACAAAAGCCGUGGUAAAUGAUUACAUGAUUCAGAAUAUACAUUGGUAUUAUUCAUACAAAAUAUAUGACAAUGUUUACAAAAUAUUCACUCUUAGUUAACUAUGCGGAGACAUAUAACCCUGUCAUUCGGAUAAAUUGUCAAAAAGGCACAAUUAUACAAAAUAUAAGAACAAAUAAAUUUGUGAUAGCCGUCAGUCACGUCAUGACUGACAGCUAUAUUUUACAAUAUACUAAUUAGUUUACAAUUAGCCUUGUCAGUCAAACGUUGUUAUGAAUUACGCAGAAAAAAACACAUACAUUUAUAAUUAUAUGAAUGACAAAUUGUUUUUAUGAUGUUUAAAGGUUUCUUCUGUAUGAAGCGUUGAAUGCAGUCGUACAAAUCUUUGAUUAUUUUUCGUAUUAUCAGUAGCACUGGUGGGAAUCACAUGAUUAAAAUAAUCUCUACCAAAGCUGUGUUUUGAAGAACAUUAAUAAAUUUCUUACAGUGAUAAGAUAUAAAGUUUAAACAUACCCUAACAUAUGACUAAUGAAAACAGUUAAAUUAUUAUGUAUUUGACAAUAAUGAUAGAUAUUCUGUGAUUACAGACACUACGGAAAAUACUAAGUCUCAGUGUCUUGAAGUGUUCCAGAUAAUCAGAUAGUGACUGUGACUGAAAUCUAUAUAGUUUUAGGAUACAUCUAUACUGCCAUAUGAUAGGCUAUAUUUUAGAUUUACAGCAAAAGUUACUUUAAUAUUAUCCCAUAUUAUUCAUAAAUAUAUUUUGGUUUAUAGAUUAUUUUUGAUCAUGUGAUUCCCCGUAGUGAGUAGAAUAGUCAUCAGAUUUGAUUUGGUACUUAUGGGCGAUGGCACUGUGCUAAUGCGGGUACAUCGCAUGCGCCCAGCCUCAAAUGGUUUAUGUAAACACAAUCUUCAAGAAAACCUUUUGGAAGUACAGAAUGCAACUAAGUAAAACAGUAGCAGAUUCAGUUUGAUUGAGUCUUGUUGAAACCUAAUGAAAUGUGCAUCACCUUUCAUGCACCCCAGUACCGACUUCAGCGGAAUUCUAUUAUAACGGUAAAAUGGAAUGGACACCACGAACCCAAACGAACACAAAAUAUAGCAAAUUUGAAACAAAGUACGGGGUGGGGGAGACAUUCUACAAAAUCUUUAAGAAUCUUUGGAAGAAGAGCUUGGUUGUACAAAUGUGAAUAACUGUUCAAAUACUGCUACAAGCUAGCAGCAAUUCUCCGCGCCCAUGGGCGCGGAGUAUAUGUGGUGCAGUGUAUAUCGUAAAUGACGUUUUUUUACAUUCGAUUUGCAAAAUUUCAAAUUUUUUAUUUUUAAUGUCGGAUCUGGCCCAUAAUAAUGGCAUCAGAUUUAACAACACAAACGAGAAAAAUAAGCUUCACCAGAAAAAAAGAAGCAGGAAAGAAAUCAAAAAGCAGAAAAGAAAGCAAUUUGUGUUGGACAUCACGUGCAAAAUUCCUUUCUUUUCCAGUUUGAUGAAUGCGCCAGAACGAAGGUUACCUUUUUCGUCUGUAAUAAUUUAUUUUUUAUUUUUAUUUUAAAUAUUGAUUUGUUUUAUUGUAGGCAUUGUUAUUUGCCACAUUUGUUACAUACGAUAGGGUGUAUGGAUCUUUUAUUCCAACCGAAAUUCCGGAUAUUGUUUUUUACAUGCAUGUAAAUUUAAUUUAUGCUAAUUUUUAAACCCACUUUAUUGUGUUACAUUUAUUGGUAUGUAUAUUAGUAAGUUUUAUACUACUACUUCUGUAUAAGCAUUUUAUAAGGAUUGUUGUGCCUUUGUUAAGAAUUGUUGUAUGUUGUGUAACGUGUUGUUAAUAUGUCGUUGUUCUAUGUAUUAAGUUUGUAACUCACUCUGCAAGUACAAGGCCCUGUCAUCUUAAUGUAGGCAUGGCUAUGCCCGUUCCUUUUUUUUGUAAUCAACACCAAACUUAUUACACAGUACGUCUGGAACAAACGUCCAUUAACAGUGUCUUAUAUUUUUAGUUUAUUUACUUUGAUUAUUUUUUAAGUAUGUAUGUGUUUAAUGUUUGAUAUGUAUAAUUAUAGUCAAAAUUUUUACAAAUGUCACCUUACAGUAAGGUAAAAACUGGCCUUUGAACCAAAGUGACUCUUUAGCAAAAUGGUCUUUCUUGAGAGGUAGCUGAUGCACAACAAUGACUGUUUGUCCUUCCAAAGUACAAGUUGAUCAGUGUAUGACUGUAUAUAGUGGUAAAGAUGUUUAUAGUAGUGAACUGUUUAGUCAAUAUUCAUUACUGUGUAUUUAUAAGCUGUUCUCCUAAGGAGGAGGUGAAGAAAACAACAAAAACAACAAUACCCUCUAAGUAAAAACACCAACGUAUAUAAAAUAAAAUAAUCGUCAACAUAUAACACUUUGUUAUAUUUUUAUUAUUCCUUUUAAAGUGUGGGUUUCACGCCCCUAGGCGGGAUAAAAUGAUGGUUGUUGUGUUUCAUUCAUUGUAAAUCUUAGUACUUCCUCAUCAUUUAACUUGAAAGUAUCAUAUAGAGCCCACAUUCCUGAACAGACAUUUAUCAAAAUAAUGGUCUUGAUAACAUCUGAGUUAAGUCUGAAACUCAGUCAUUCGAAUGAACAACUAUGUAAGUCUGAAUUUAAGCUGAACGAAGUAAACAGGUUUUCAUUGACAGAUCAUUUCUUAUCCGAUGACUAUGGAUUUGACAAAAACUAUAACGCUACCAAAGAAGAAUAAUAAUUCGGAAUUAUUCAUAUUAUACUAAUCUUAACUGAUUGUUACUGUGAUAAAUACUUUUUUUGUCUGAAUAACGUUACAGUAUAACAAAUUAUAAUGUAGUGUAAGUUUGUUGUUUAUUUCUUUCAUAUUUUAUUCGUAAAGUAAAAACACCCCACUGCAAACAGCAUGAUGAAAAGUUCACGUUAAUAAAAUGGGAUACAAAAAUUUCAUUUGAUAUCCUAACAAUUCCAAGUUCAUCCUUUACAAAGCGUUUAAAUUGUCUUUUACUUUUUUGUUCCAUUCUGUUUUCAUUCUCACUGAAUAAGGAAAAGUAAUUCGUGAGUUUAUAUAAAUGCAACCAAUGCAUUUGUGCAUGCAUAAUGAAUAAUAUUUCAUCAAAUGACAAACUGCGUUGUAUAUUUACAAAAUAAAUUAUUCUUUUGUGUUAUAUAUAGAUGAAGAUCAAUCAGUUUUCUACAGUUAUAAGGGAGGUGACCAGUCCAGUUGCGUGGGUUACAGGAUAAAACCGUAUAGACCAUUAAUAGAACACUCACAUAAAGGUUAAUUGCACAUACGUAUGACUUUUAUUUGCAUAUCAUUAAUAACAAAAACAAUGUUCUUGGCGCCAUUAUUGUAGAUUGCUGAACGCAUUCCUGUUUCUUUUAUGACCAUUGGACUGUCACAUAGUAGAGCACUUCAUGAAAAUAUGUUUUAAAAAAUCAUAUGAAGAGCCACGGGUGAACUAAGGUCUUUAACCGAAACAAGUAACCUUUUACAAAAUUUGAAUAGUAUACGCCGCUUUUAGUUGGGAGCACUUCACAGUAUAUCCUCUUGGUUCAAGAAAACGGUUCUCUAUGUGACUAGUAUUUCCUCAAUUUAAUAGAUACUUACCUGCAUUUCUAUGCUUCCACCUUGUAUAAAUAUCGGUACAGUGCAUAUUCUACGAUGCUAUACAAGCAUAAUAUUUUCCUUCUCCUAUUGAAGAUAUUGUUUUGUUUUGUUGUUGUUUUUGUAGUUUUCUUUUGUUGUUGUUGUUUUUCCAGAAUAACUUCAGAAACUUAUACAAAUUCAUAUUAUGUUUUAAAGAUAUGUUGUUAUUAAAGUAUGGUUCGUAUUAAAGUAUGACCAGUAUAA